AUGGUCGGGGGGCUCUGUUCAAAAGAAAUUGGCAGCGCAGAGAAUCGGAUCCGAUCCGGCGUUUGUACUAUCUCUGACACAGACGGCGGAGCAGUCGUGAUUUGUCCGAUACGGCUGUACGCAGAUCAAUAUGAACUUCUGUCGACGGUUGCAAAAAUUGCAUUCAAAGUUAAUAAGGUCAAGUUAGUCGAUGGUCGAAAGGCCGGAAUUGCUUCAGCGCCCAAAAAUACUCAGUUGGUUGCAGUAUUCGGAAAAGGCUGGGGCGGAGAGCUCAAGGUUCCAGGGCGUCCGCUGAAGGGGCGACGAAGCAGCGGUUUUUUUGUUGAUUGGAUACUCGCCCGCCUUGAUUCUGAAAAAAAUUUGGUUGAAUUUGCCGCUCUGGAAGUACAAACCAUGGACACCAUUGGAAGCUACAGGGCUGAGCGCGCAGCGAUAUUAGCGCGCCAUGCGCACGUCGGAAAAUCGGUCGGACCCAAUUGGGAAAAUGUUAAUAAGCGGAUUCUCCCUCAGCUUAUAUAUAAGGGGCAUUUGCUGGAGCGGGAGGCGCUUUGUCACAGCGGCUUGUUCUUCGCAUGUCCCGAAGCUGUUUUUGGAAAAAUAAUGGACAGACUCGGCAGUGAGUUGGCCGACUAUCCGCUAAAGAACAACUCUUUGACUUUCAUUCCCAUGCGUCUUGAGGCGUCUAACCGAGCUGGCAUCCCGAGGGUUAUCAAGGCGCUCCCGGUUAAAACUACAACUGUUCAGCAGGUACAGAUCGCUUUCAGUUCUCCGACCAAUUUGCCUGAAGCUGGUGCGUACGAAAAAGCUAUUCGAUCAGCUUUAGGUGAAAAGAAUAUCUGA